AGGUGAGCGGAACCAUCAGCUUCUGCACGUCCUUCUUCAGCCUCGGGGUCACGCUGCACGUCUGCCAGACUCGGCGGGCGGCGGACCUCCUCGAGCGCAAGGCGGGCGACUUCUUCUACCCGCCGCACUCCCGCGAGGACGUCGACCGCAUCGGGCCACUGGUGCGGCACCGGGUGAAGGUCUUCGGCAGCAGCGACCGCGCGUGGGACGACAUCGUCAUCGGCGGCAUGGGCUGGCUGGCGCUCAGCGGCUACGGAUCCAAGGAGCUGGACGUCUGGGUUCCGCAGGGCGUGAAGGUCUUCCGGCGGCCCUCGCUGCUGCCUCAGGAGAUGAGGAACCGCGGUGUCACCCGAUUCCACGCCAACCACCGGGCGCGCACGCCCCGCAUCCGCCGCAAGAAGAAGGCCAUCGUCAGGGCGCGCAAGGACAAGGAACUCCGAGACUCCCUCCGUGCAGAGCAGGCGCUCGCGGAGGCCGAGAGGGCCGCGCCGAUCGGCACAUCCGAGGGCGCCUCCUUCGUGGACGACGACCUCGACCUGGGCCCGGGCUACACGUUGGUGGGCCUCGACGGUGAGCCCCGUGAGCUGGCAAGCGGCGGCGCGCUCCCAGCAGACCUGGAGGUUGACGCUGCGCCGCGAGGUGACUUCCAAAC